AUCAAAUAAAUCCACGUUUGAUUGCAUCCUCAUGUCUGCGUCUGGAUCCAUCUAACCUGAGCAUCUGCCGGUCCGGUCUGCUCCACUGCUUGGAUACGAAGGUAGGACAGUCACAAGGUCAUUAUCAGUUACACCUUCAUUCGCCUUCAUGUGGGGACAGAACAUGAACAUGGCGAAGAGAGUAAGCAUCAUGGAUAGCCACGGGGUGAAUGUGACUGAAUAAGAAGCCCUCACCUUUCCAGGUGCGAGUAGCGGUGCGCCUCCGGCCGUACAUGGAGAAGGGGGAAGAUGAGGUCUGUGUCCGGGGCCUGGACUCGCAGUCACUGGAGAUUGUAAACUGCAGAAACCAGCUGAAAACCAUGCAGUACCACGUUGAUGCCUUUUAUGGGGACAAUGCCACCCAGUGUGAGAUCUACAACGGCUCUGUGUAUCCACUUCUUCCUCACUUAUUAGUUGGGCAGAAUGCCAGUGUGUUUGCCUAUGGACCAACAGGAGCGGGUAAGACCCACACAAUGCUGGGGAGCCCAAGCGAACCGGGUGUCAUACCACGAGCUGUGAGAGGCCUGCUGUAGAUGACUCGGGAGGCAAAUUAUAAGCUUGAGGAGGAGAACUGGAGCUACUCAAUGACCAUGUCCUAUGUGGAGAUCUAUCAGGAGAAGGUGAUGGAUCUUCUGGAGCCCACGAACAAGGCCCUUACAAUCCGAGAAGACAAAGACCACAAUAUCCUCAUCCCGGGGGUAACUCAGAAGACCAUCAACACCUUCUCAGACUU